AUGUCAAAGCAAUAUUAUUCCUUUAAAAAAGGGGUAGCGGGUGAGCUGGAAGAUAAUACAUUUUUUACAUUAUGGGACUUUCUAGAGUCCUGGAUUAUUCAAAAUGAUUGGAUGGCAAUUUUCUUUAUAAUUUUCCUAGGAAUUAUUUUUGAGAUAAUAUUCAUGAAAACUUGUGCAUACUUUUGGAAGAAUCCCACACUUCCUGAAAAGGGUAGUUCAGAUGUCCAGGAGAGGGAAGACUGUUGCCUGAAGAGCAUGACAUUUGCUCCAGAGAAUUGGUCAGUUAUUACCUCAUCUUCAGAAGAAAGAGUUGGCACCUUUUCAGAAAAAAGAAUUACUUCAUUACUUACAUGUGAAGAAAAGGAAUGUAACUUUGAAGAUAGAAUUUUAUUAACACGUGAAAUAAUAUGGUCAGGUACUAGUGAAAGUGAAGAUCAAGUAAGUCACUCUAGUGAAAGUCAUAUGCCAUCUUCAAAUGGAGUCAGCUCAUCUUUGUCAUUGUUUCAUUCAGAAGUAGAGAAAAUGUGUCUAAGCCAUACAGAGCAUCCAAUGAAUAUGAAACAAUACAAUGAAUAUGAAACAAUACAAUGUGAAUAUGAAACAAUACAAUUUUCUUCCAAGAAAUUAUUUUCAAUGAUGAAAACCAACAAAAACAAAAAUUCAGAAUUUUCGUCUGAUCUUAGCUUUUCAGCUUCUAGAUUCACUGUAGAAAAUGAAGACCUAGAUGUGGCACCUUGCCUUCCUGCCCAUUUCUUUCUUUCUAGGGAUCAAGUUAGACUUCUGGAAGAAAAUGUGAGAAAUCAAAUUUCUUCAAAACCAAAAGCUAAGUUAGAGAGCAAAACUACUUAUCAGUGCUCAAAAUCUCAAGAGUCCUUGAAUCAGAAUCAACCUUCUGUUGGAAUGGUUAUUUCUGUCCAAGCACAGGAUUCUUUUCCAGGACAAAAUACUAUUCAGAAUCGAGGUCUUUAUGAAGUCCAAUUUACUAGUAUAAAUCAUAACCAAGAAUCAAUCAGCAGCCAGCCUUUUAUCGAGGCCAGCGACUUUGCCCAGCCUCAAGAUGCUAUGAGGGAGCCAUUUUCUAGCAGCGCACAAGACUCAUUUCAGUCCCAGGAUUUGGAGAGGAACCAACAUUUUGUUGAAGUUCCAUCGGUUGUUGAGGCACAAUAUUCAGUCAAGAGCUUGGGCUCUGAUGAACACUUCAGUGAGGACCAACAUUCUGUUUGGUUGAUAAAUUCAAACAAGAUUAAAUAUUCAACUAAGAGGCAAGAUAUUAUUUUUAAGAAUGCUGGAUUUCUAGUUUUAACUCUGAAUCCAAAUUUAGUUGCUGAAGAUAUUCCACACCUAAGGAGUGUAAAACCACAAGGCCAGCAACAAAUUGUUUCAUCAGAAUUAAACCAAGAUUCUGAAUAUAGCUCAGUGCCUCUUUCAUCUACCAUUAAAGGGCAGAAAAAUAGAAGAAAAGCACCAGACAGUAAAAACAAACUCAGUCUUAACGUUCCAUCUCUAAAAGCCAAAAAAUCACCAACUUCACAAGUAUUUCAAAUCACAGCAUGUCACACUUUAAAAAAUAGGAAUGAAUUAGGAUGCAAGAAUAACACUGAGAAGAAAGAAUUACAUGAAAGGAAAGAUGUAUCAGAUGUAGCUCUGCAUCUGAUUUCUGUUUCUAAGCUUAUUCUGCCUUAUGUUAAAAAUUAUUCCAGAAAACAACUAGUGAAAUUCAUGCCAGGUUUAAUAAAAUGUGGACAUUUUCUGCAGAAGAAAAAUAAGUCACCAGCUACAGAGAAAAUCAAUUAUACAGAUGCUGCUGAGAAGACAGGAAUCUCGGGUGUUACUAAAAAAGAAAAGGAGUAUGACAAAGAAAAUAAAGGACUAAAAAAUAUUUCACCAAAAAUGUUACCUCAGCUAGAAAAAUCCUUCCUGGUUAACACCGAUCAACUAAAAACACCUUGUUUACUAGCAGAAACAAAUGGGAAGAGUAAGGAAUUUCUUAAAGACCCGGUUACACAAGCAAAAGAAAUUGCUAUUACAGAAUUUCAUGCUCCAAAUAGUAGAAAACCAUUUGAUCUUCAUAUUCUGAAGCACAAGACAUCUUUAGAAGAAGCUAUAUCAAAAUCUAUGCAGAAGCUCAUUUCCUCUCCCAAAAUGGAAUCGAACAAUAGAAUGAAAAUACAGGCGGUCCUGCAAAGUUCAGAGAAUUCCCAAAGUCAACUUUCAAAUGGAGAGGAUUUACCAACUAGUACACCAAAAAUAGAAAGGUGCUUUCCAAGGGAAAAUACACAGAAACAAGAAGAUUUUUUGCAACUUGUUCUGGAGUUGUCAAAUGUCCAUUUACUAAUUUCCCUGGGAAGCGAUAUGCAUAAAUGCAGUGAAGAAUUAAAAGCCAUAAAAAUUCAAGUGAGUACAGAAAGUGUAAAUCUGAAGGAAAAUAAACCACUGAUGCUUAAUGUUACACAUGACUUAAGUGAAAGUGAGGAACUAGAAUGCAAUGCUAGAAAUAAUAUAACAAACAUGCAUCAAGAUAAAGAAACGUCUGAUGCAUUUCACAGUGCCACUUACAUUACCAUUUCUGAACUAUCUGAUACAGAAAUAGAUAGCAGAUUAAAAGCAAAGGCAGACACAUUAAGAAGAAUAAGGGUCGGUCACUCAGUGUCAAAGCAUGAGAAAUUACCAGAUGAGAAGGAAACACAGAAUGCAGAAUACGUUGAUAAGAGCUCUACCUUUAAAAAGUCACAACAAUGUGAUAGAAAGGAAGAGGAGAAAGAAGCAAAUUCAGAGCUGGCACAAGACUUCAGAUUCAGCAUGCAUCUAAAGCAAAGGCCCAAAUACAUCAAAUUUGAAAUGGAACAGAUCAGUUCAGGAAGUACUAAAGCCCCAAACAAGGAGCAAGAGGUACAACCACAAACUCUUUCUACACAAACAAUUUUGGAGACAAGUCCAUGCCCCAUGAUGGAUCCAUUUCAAGUUGAGAAGGUGAAGCAAAGCACAGAUAGACCUGCAGACAGAAAGAGUGCUGCAGAUCUGAAAAAUCCACUUACAAUGCCAGAGAACUUGGCAGUUGGUGAACUUUCAGUUGAAACAACAGAGUAUAGUGUUCCAUUUGGUGGAAACCUCCGAAAGACAAUGGAUGGUCAUAUUGUAGAAGAAAAGGAAGACAUAAAAAGAGAUUUACCUGCAGUUGCCCUGGGGCCUUUCGAUAUCCACUUGCUUACUUUAUCACAUCUUAAAAGGCAAAAAAUUAAAAAAAAAUUAUCAGAAACAAAAAAUGUACUCAGUGUCAAAUAUGUAAUUAUGAAAGUAAAGAAGCCAGCAAUCUCACUGAUCCCUUACGUCAAUAUAUGUGGUACUCCAAACCACAGGAAAAAAAUGGGAGGCAAUUUUGAAAUCGUAAUUAAACAGAUACUGCAAGAUAAAAUUGUGGCAGGUGUGCUUCUGAAUGUUAUUAACCCUCACAUGUCUAUUUUGCCUAAUACUAGAAUGCACGGCAGAUUACAUGCAGAGAAUCACAGUUAUAUCAAGGUGGUCCAAGAGGAAUCCCAAAUUGGAAGGGAAGAAAAGUGUCCAGCUUUUGUUGGUAAGGGAAAUGAAUCCCAAAACACACUAGAAGCUAAACUGCAAGAUGAAGUAAAAUGCAUCAAAGAAACUCUACCAAAAGUAGUCCUGCAUGAUGGCUGGAGCCUUGGACUUCAUGCACAUCUAGCGGAGGAGAUUAAAACAGAGAAAGAAAUGCAUCAGCCAAUCCCAUUCACAGAAACUAUUACGGAGUCUGUUGUCUCUCCUGUAAUGGGAUCAUCUCAUGUUGAGAAUGUGAAGAGCAGUCAAACAACAAAAACAGACUGCAAAUGUACUGCAGAUUCAGUGAUGCCUCCUCCAAUAUCAGGAAAAUCACUGAUUGGAGACCUUUUAAACCAAACAAGAGAAAAUGAUGUUCCAAGUAAUGGAAGUGAUACAAGAGAAAUGGGUUACUGUUUUGCAAGAAAAAAGACAGAAAUACCAAAAGAUUUACCAGCAGCUUCGCCAGAGACUUUCAAUUGCUGCACACCUGUUUUGUCUUCUUCUAAAGUGAUGAAAAAGAGGGUAACAUUUGCACUCACGACAAGUACAGUGAAGUCCAAAUGCGUAAGUGCAAAGGAUGUGAAGCCAUCAACCUCAGAGACAGUGAGUGUCACAAGCCACAGAAAGAAAUCAGAGUUAGACUUUAAGUUUAAAAAGAUAAACCAAGCUAAAGGAUUGGUACCUGAAUAUCUAAAUACUCUUUGCUCUCCAAUGCAUAGCAGAUUGCAGAGAGAUUUCUGUCUCCCUGUGUCUCAAUUAAAGCAAGGAGAACCAGCAGGUAAGACAUACACUGAUGUCUUUGCUAAGAAUAGUGUAUUCCAUGACAGAGAGGAAAAAUUUCAAGACCGAGAGGAAGAGGAACAAAAAGCUUCGUUAGAAGCAGUGCCAAAGCUUAGCCAGCACCUGGGGGCUGAUACCUGUCAAAUGAAGGAAAUCCAUCUUGAAUCACACCCAGAGCUGAAUUAUUUAACACUGGAGCAAUGUGUUAAUGGACAAAGUUUGCAGCACCAAACAGAUUUUCAACAAACUACUUUAAAGACUAGUCUCCAAAUGGGUCCUUUAGAAGCUGAAGAACUACAAAAAGCCAACAAAACGAAAAACGACAUAACAGACCUUGUGGGUCCUAAGAUUCCACCUCCCAAAGCUAUACAGGCUCCCAAGAAUAGCCAUGGCUUCUUCAAUGCACAUCAGAGGGAUCAUGAGCUUGUCAAAUCAGAUGACGAACGGAACCAAGCAGGAAAUGCAAAUAUCCACAUACAACCACAAACACAUUUUACACCAACUAUUUUGGAGUCUACUUCAGGUCCUAAACUAGAUCAAUUUCAAUUUGAAAAGGUAGAGAGAUAUGUUAGGUUUUCACCUCUAAAGUCUGGGGAAGCAAAGUUUGAUGAAAUCAUAUUUUAUGCAAGAGAAGGUGGUAUCUCAUCUGAUUCUAGCUAUCAAAAGGAACAGGCUGGUGGUAGUGAAAAGAGAGAGACAGUGAUUUUUGCUUCCUGCAUGUCUGCUUUAUCUACACCUAAAAGGAAGAGAAACUUAAAACAAUUUUCAGACAUGAGAACUUUAGUGAAUCCCAAAUGUGGAAUUAUGAAGGCAAAGAAGCCAUCAAUUUCAUAUAUGCUCAAUAUCAAGGCUAGUGCUGGUCCAAAUCGUAGAAAAGAACUGAGCUGUAACUUGACAACCAAAAUGAAAAAAAUGCAUCCAGGCAAAAAGGGGGCAGAUAAAACAUAUGCUUUCCUGACUAUGACACCUAACAUUAACACGUAUGGCAAGGUAGAGAAAGAAAAAGACACACUUAGAGAAAAAAGACUCGGUUAUACUCGAGUAAAGCAAGAUAUGUCUCCAAAUGAAGAUAGUAUUACUUCAGAUAACAUUAAAGAAACCUGUCUUCAAGAUGAAGAGCAAGAAGCAAGGGAUCAGGAGGCAUUGUUAAAAGUAAUUCCACAAUACGUGCAACAUUUCAUAUUCCGUUCGGGUCAGAAGGAGGAUCUCGACUUUCACAAAUUAGAAAACAAAGGAAGUAGGAAAAUUCUGUUUGUUACCAAACAAGAUGUCCCACAACAACUUCAUUCUGCAGAACCAAUACAAGGAGUGGAGACAAACAAAUGCCUCCAGACCCAAAAUGGUACCAUAUGUACAGUAAACGCAAAUCUUCCUCCUCUAAAAUCAGAGGACUCACUAAAUGGUGAAGUUUUAAUUGGUGUGAUAAAACAUAGUAUGCCAACUGACGGGAAAUGUAGUGGGGAACAGCACAAUUUGGAUAAAGGGGGAAAGGUUGAGUUUAAUAGAGAUCUGCAAGCAGCUGUCCUGGAGUUACAGAUAUCACCACAUGGUGGGGAGGCAGAGAAGGCCGAUUUGACUGAUAUGGAAAGUGGAUCUAGCAUCUCAAUAAACAUGAAUGUACAACAUGAAAGGGAAGAUAAAAAUAUUCAAAAAACGUUAUCAGAAUCAGUUCCAUCCUAUAGUCACCACCUCAGUUUCAGUGCACAUCAGAUGAAAGAUCCUGACCCUUUCAAAUCAGAAUCUGAACUGAAAAGUCCAGAAGGCAGAAGUUCUUGGAAUUUGUCUCAUACAGUGCAAAAAACAAAGCAAGAAACACACUUUAGAGAAACUGUUUUAGAGCCUAUUUCUAGGUAUAUGAUGAAACAAAGUCCUCAUAUGCAGGAAGGAAUAAAAUGUAUGGUAGGUCUAAAGACUUCAUUUCCCAAAACAGGGAAAUCAGAGAUUGGUUCAAUACCAUUUGAUACUCCUUUGGAUGAAAAUCCUAGAAGGAAAUGGAAUAGUUCUAUUUCUGAGAAAACUGCAUGGAAUCAAAAAACCUUAAGAACAGUCUUAAAACCUUUAGAUUUCUCCAGCCUUGUGUCAUCUGAAUAUGAAAGCCGGAGCUAUACAUUAGAGUUUAUGGGCAAGAAAAGUAUAAUGAGUCCCAAGCGUGUAACUUUGAAGGCAAAGCAACUAUCAAUUUCACAGCUGUUUAAUAUCAUAAGAUACCCUACAGAAAACCAUGGAAAGAAAAAGCGACACCACUUGAAGUACAAGAUGAAAGGGAGGCAAUGGUACACAAGUAUAGGAGAGGCAUUACUCAGUGCCACUGAAUAUGCUAAGAGUCUACCAUCCAAAGCAGUGAUUGAUAAACUCUUAUUCAAUAUAGCAGUGAAGGGCAUUCUGUCCAACAGAACGUGCCAACAAAAUCUGGAUGGUCUUAUUACAGGUGAAAAGGAAGAGGUCCAAGAAAACGUAGAUGCAACUUUCUUGAGUCCUUUAGAUUUCUUCAUGCCUGUUUUAUCUGACCCUAAAAACCAUAUGAACACAGUUCACUUAUCAGAAAAAGAAAUUAUAUUGAAUUCCAAAUAUUUACCUAUGAAGGAAAAGAAGUCAUCAGUUUCACGGAUACAUAAAAUCAAUAGGCAAUCUGCCACAAAACAUAGGAAGAAACUUAAAUCCUAUUUAAAAACUCUAUCCAACAGAACACUCCAAGAAAAUCAGGGCCAUAUUACAGAGGAAAAGGAAAAAGUACAAGAAAACUUAGCUGCAACUUUCUUGGGUUAUUUAGAUUAUUUCGUGCAUGUUUUAUCUGACUCUAAAAACCAGAUAAACACAGUACAGUUAUCAGAAAGGAAAAUUAUAUUGAAUCACAAAUGUUUAACUCUGAAGGAAAAGAAGCCACCAAUUUCACAGAUACAUAAAAUCAAUAGACAGUUUGCUACAAAAUAUAGGAAGAAAGUGGAAUCCAAUUUAAAAACCAAACUGAAAGCAGUGUGGCAAGGUGGAAAUGUGGCCAAUACAUUUCCAAAUACCAUAUUCUUCACUCCAGAUACUGCUGACAUUAAAACGCCAAGCAGAUUCCAAACAGAGGUAGACAUGAGAAUAUCAGGGUUAAGUCAUACACAACCAACACAAAUAGAGUCACCAGCUGAAGGAAUAACAAGGUAUUCUGGUUCCAUUGACAAGAGAGGAACUUCCAGCUUGUUAAAGGGAGCAAAACUACAUGUUAGAGAAAGCGGGGAAGAGAAGCAAGAACAUCUUACAGAAAUGGGUCCAUUCUCUGCAGAAAACUUCAUGGCAAAUACACAUCUUAGAAAGGAUCCUCAUCCUGGUAAAUCAGAAGAUGUGCUUUUGGGAGAACCUUUUUUCUCAAAAAGUCAGAUUUACAAAGGGAAUUCAGAAAAAGAUGUAAAAAUGGAAAAAAACAAAAAUGGAAAAGGAAGUCUCAAAGUUGGGCUCCCAAGGAAGGAGAAAUCAGGUCACUGUGCAGAACCGAGUGAGCCCACAGAUGAUGCCAUAUCAAAUAAAUAUGAUAAAGAGAACACUGGCUAUUCUGUUUUAAAAGAAAAAGCAUUCUGUAAUCUGGCAGGAGUCAUGCCAGGUUCUGUCGGCAGGCAUUUGCCUGCUUCAGAAGAAAUGAAAAGACAGAAUGACAGCCUUAAAAUAGCUGACAGGUCAAGUCCUGAAGGUAGACCUUUGCAGGCAAAGCAAUCAGCAGCUCCACAAUCAUUUGAUACUGGAGGUCAUGCUGCUCUAAUCAGUCAUAAGGAACAGAAACUGAAGUUUAAAGCCCAAAAGACAGAAGCAGAAGUUGAUUUAAUGGAUCAAGAAGCAAAGAUAAGUGUUGCAGAAGAGUUUAAUCCCAAGUCUGUUUUCUCUAAGAUACAUCUACUUCAAACUGAAAGCAAGAAAGAAUUUGAAACUGAAGACUGGAAAACAAGAGCAGAUCCCAAGACACGUGCCCUGCAAAAGAAACUGCAAGAGCCGUGUGUCUCAGGCACUACCUGGAGUUCUCCUAAUCCCUACACAUCUGUUUUUCCUAAUAUCAUAAGACAUAAAGAUAAGGCAAAGACAGCAAAUGUGGAAAGUGCUCUGCAAACCAAACAGGUAAAAUUGAAGGCAAAGAGAAUACCAGUUUCCCAGCUGCUUGAAUAUGGUACUGCAGGCAAUCAAAAGGAAACCAGAGGUAACAUCCAGCAGCAGAAGGCAUUCCGGCUGAGUAAAAAUGCAGUACAUCAAGUUCUAAAGGCUGUUUAUGACUCUGGAUACUAUGUGUCUAGCAUUAAAAAGCUUAGAGAAGUAAAAAUGGAGAAAGACAAGCCAAAAGACAGGGUGUGCAGUCUUCCACAGUUAAAGCUGGAGAAACCACUAAAAGAAAUGCAAAGGUCAUUGACAGGAUGUACUGAUAUGUCCGGCAUUCUUAGGAAACAGGAUCAAGAUGUUAGAGAAAAGGAACAAAAACACCAAAGCAUUUUAGAAGACACAUCCCAAUACUGUAUUGAACCGUUAAAAAUUAGUUCACAACAAAUCAAUUACAGUAGUUUUGAUGCCCCGAGAAUUAGAAAAGAUGUAGAACUUGAAUUUCUCAUUGCACAAAGAGCAAAGGAAAAAGAUACAGGCAUGGCCAAACAUUCAGGUUCAGUUCCAGUUCCAUGGGAGAGCGAAGUAUCGAAGGGUCGAGAUAUUCCGCUAAACUCAAACGGACAGAAUAUACUUUUUACAGAGUUGGAUACUUCUCAACAGAUUUGCCAGGAGCAAGAAUUGCUGAAACAAGAAGAUAUUUCCAUGACAAACCUGGAGUCAAUGGCCUGCCCCAUUAUGGAACCUCUUCAUUUGGAAAACACAGGAAAGAUAGCUGAGGAAGAAGAUGUGUACAUUAACAGAAAAAAUAUUCCACAUGUAUUGGGAAGAGAAGGAUUAAAGGAAACCGGUAUCUUAGUAGGUUCUAAAGGACAGAAUUUUUUUUGUACAAAUCCAGAGGUUCAGCACAAAGUGCCUACAGUGCCGAAAGGACAGGUGAAUCCAGAUUAUGUUCCUGAAAGUAUUCUGGAUUCUGUAUCUUUCCCCAAUAAGGACCCUCUUCACUUAAAACAGGCAGAGAAAACAAGGAAAGAAAAUGUUAGCAUCUCUGAAAGUUUCAAUGAAAAUCUUUGGGGAAGAGAGCAAUCAAAAUUACCUAAUAUUACAUUAAAAUCAAAUAGACAGAAAAUGGACUUUUCAAAAAAAUCGAGGGCAAAGCAACUAAGUAAUUGUUAUCAGAAUAUAGAGAAUAUUCUGGAAUCCAUUUUCCCUUGCACAUUGCAUCAACCUCAUAUUGAAAAUCCCAAGAAAGAAGGGUCAGCAGAAGAGAUAAUGAGUUCAAAAGUUUCAAGCCCAAUGAUAGAGCAGGCAUCACACAAAGUAGGCAUUCCGGUGGAUCAGCCUCCAUGUUCAGAAGGAAUACAUUUCAAUAUUAAAAGAAGAAAAGGACAUCCACAAGAAAGUACGCACAAGGCUUUUCCAGCAUCUGUUUCUCACUCUCUAAUGGACAUACAUGAGAUUAAGUCACCAAAGGUAAAGAAAGCAGAUAGUUCAGGGUACCACACUUCAAAUACAAAAGAAAUUGGCUUGCUUUUUACAGGACAGUCAGAACAGGAAGAAAAAUGUACAUAUGAGGCUCUUCCAAAGUCUGCACCUCACUCCAAAACAGAUCUACAUCAAUUCAAUGCCUCAAUGCAAGAAGAGAAAUUAGAUGCUAUGAAUAUUCUGCAUUAUGACCAUUUAACUUCACAGACCAAAGAAGCAGUAAAACAAAUGGAUGUUAUAGUUGGAUAUACUCAAAACAGUAAAAAAAGACAAGCCUUACUCAAAACAGGCCAAAAAUGGCAAUGCCUACCAAUUUCCCAUGAGAACUUUUGGGAGCAUAUAUCUUACCCUCAAAAGUAUCCCUAUGCCCUGCAACAUUUAAUGCCUCAGGAAAAGGAAGCAAUAUCAGAAGGAGGUAAUGUAUCAAGUCAGACUCCAGGACUAGACUUGUUUUCUGAAGAUCAAAUAAGUACUGUAACUAACGAUGGACUGGAAGGGAUUGUGCCCUUGAUUACUCCAAGGCAGAUGAAAAAACAAGAUACAAUGCUGCUUUUAGGAUCACACCAUAAAACUAUGAAAUAUCCAAGUCUCUCAUUUCCAAAAGGAAUGAAAUCCUCGGAUGGGGUAGAAGUCUUUGAUUUAAUAUCAAAUAGCAGCUCAACCAAGUUGAGAUUUGGGAAGAAAAUACAAUCACCUAAGGCAAAUCAAAAGGUACAAAAAGAAGUAUGUCUGCCUGUAAUAUUACAUCCUCUUUCUGUAUCCAUGCCUAUUUUGCCAGAAAGUAAGGGACAGAAGGAUAGCAUAAAACAAGUUAUUAGGAAAGGUAUGAUAUACCACAAAAGAAGAACUCCAAAAUUGAAGAAAUCGGUAUUUUCACAUAUACUCAAUACCAGUGACUGUGGUGCCCCAAGUAACAGACUAGAAAUGCAAUGGAAUGUGACAGAGAAAAUGAUCAAUGUGAAACAUAGAAUGAGUGAACUAGAUUUGGUUGCAGCAAAAAUAUAUGAGUCCAUUCUUUCUUUACCUCACUUCAAAUUGAAUAAAGAGACAACCGACAGGGUGAUCUCCAAUCAUGUAAAAAGGACAAAACAACAUAGAUCACAGGGAGAGAAGAAAGACAGAGUAAAAGCAAUGGAUAGGAAAAGAAUAAAAAGCCCUGACAUCAUUUGGAAGCCAAAUAAAUCAUCACUGUCACAUACACUCAGUAUAAAGGAAUUUCCUUUGCCGUUGGAUGUUAUGAAACAAGAGGGCAAGAUGCAAGAAGGUAAAGGUAAAUCAGGUAUGAAACUGACAAACGUGUGUACUUCUUUAUCAUCUCUAUCACGUAGUAAUUCAAAUUCAAGAACAAAAGCAGGUAAAGAUAUGUCAGGAAUUCUAAAGGGCUGCCUUCCACCACUAAAGCUCCAGGCAUCAUCAAACAUCAGAAGAGUAUCAUUUACAGAGUCAAUUAACAGAGAGAGUUUAAGUAAUGUAAUAAAAUCAAAAUGUUUGCCACAGAAAAAUAAGGAAGAUAGAGAAAAUAUAGUAGAUGUGAAAGACAUAAUGGACCUCAUACGUAUCACUUUGAAAGGAAAGAAAUCACCUUUUAAACACUUACUGCACGGAAAAGAACCACAGCGGAGCAGUAAAAAACUAGAGAAAGUGAUGAGGGAAGAUGAAAGUAAUCUAGACAUAGUUCAGAAUAAACUUUGUGCUUCUAUUCUUUCUUCACCUCACUUGCAAUGGAAUCCUAGAAUAAAAGAGGUAUACAUAAGAGAAAUAACAAGAUUCUGUCUUCCAUCCUCCACAUUCUGGGAAUUAUCAGACACAGUGCAAAAAUGUGAGCAGCCAGUUGGUGACAUUCGAAGCAGUAUUGGAAAAGCAAAACGUUUACCACAGAACGACAAAGACAGAGUGGAAAAGGCUUUAGGAAAAAUUAUGCACUCCAAGAGAAUAGCUCUGGAGGUGACGCAGGCUUCAGUGUUCCAAGAAUUAAACUUCAAAGAAAAAGGGGAAGAGAUUCAGGAAAAUAAACAAGUUGAGAUUUGGAGCAAACCUUUUGCUUCCAUCUCUUUUCUACCUUACUCUAAAAUGGACGCAAUGAAAGGAGAGGAAGCCACGGGAAUGAAAAUGAGAUCCUCCUUUUCACAGCCAAAUCUCCAAGAGUCAUCAGAUAUAGAGAAAAUAGCAUAUGAAAAGUGUAUUUCUGAUAACAUCUCAAACAGUGUAAAAAAGACCCUAGAACAUGUAUUGGAAAAAGAACAGGAGAGGCUAAAAAUGGAAAAAAAUUUACCUUUGAAGAAAAGGAAAUUAUCAAUUUCACAGGGAAUUCAGUUGGAUAUCGAAGAGCAAGAGAAAAAGAUAGAAAAUAUUAAAGGUGAAUCAAGUGUGCUUCUGACGAAUGCCAGCACUUCUAUCCCUUCUUCUUCUCAUUUACAAUCGGAUACACGAGUAGAAAAAGCAGAGUAUGUAACUGAAAUAACAACAUAUUAUCUUCCAGAACUAUCACACCAAAAAUUAUCAGAGGCAGGGAAAAAAGCAGAUGGAGCGGCCAAUGAGAGUGAUAUCACAAUUGAUGUACAAAAAGCAAAAGAUUAUACGCAACAGAAAGAAGAGAAUGAAGUCAGGAUAUCAGCUAAGAAAGACAUAAUGCAUCCAGAAGACAGAGGCCUAAAAGGAAAGAAGGCACUUCCACAGGACCUGCCACUGAAUCCUAAAGAGCCAAAGCAAAUGGAUCAAGACACUCAGGAGCAAGAGAAAGAAGACAGAGAAGACGAGGAGCAAGGGAAAGAGGACGGAAAAGGUGCAGGACAGGGAAGAGCUGAUAGAGGAGACAAACAGCAAGGGAGAAUGCAUCAAGAAGUUGAGCAACAGAAAGCAGAUGGAGUAGGCAUAGAGCGUUGGAAAAAGGAUGAACACAAGAGUGAAAAGGAAGCAGUUCUGUUCCUGUAUCUGCCUUCUGAGUCCUCUCUAACUUGCUACAAAAUGAACACAAGAAUAGAAGGAGAGGAAGACUUACGAGGAAUAAUAAAAUCUGCUACUUCACAGUUAAGGCACUGGAAAUCAUUGGAUGCAGGGACAAUAGCACACGCAAAGUCAUUUGGGGAGGAUAGCUCAAAGGAGGUGACAACAUUACACGAAUACAAACUACAGGAAGACGCAGAGAGAGGAAAGACAGUAGGUAUGAAUUCUGUAAGGCAAACUGAAGGCACAAUUUUUGAGGCAGAGCAAUUAUCACUUCCACACAUACUUGGUAUUCCUGGCAGUGGUGGCUCAAAACCUGGAGAAGUACCAACGAACGUAGAAGAAAAACUGAAACAAGUCCAGGGAAGGAAGAGUGAACUGGAAGAGGUUCUGACAACACCAUCUCUACCUCACUGUGAAUUAGAUGAAGGGUCAGAAGGCACAGAAGAGAAACAAGGAGUCACAAGAGCCUUUCCUCCACCUUCGUGGGAUGUGGAAUCAUCAGAUACAGAGAAAUUAAAAUAUACGACGUCGUCUUUGAAUGAUAUUGCAGGUGAUUCAAAAAGGACAAAAUGCACGACCCAGAUACAAAAGGAUAAGGCAAAUACUUCUGAGAAAAGUGUAAUGCAUUCCAAGUACAUAGUUAUGAAGGUGGAGAAAUCACCCAUUUCCCACACCCUAAAAACAAAGGAGCUGCAAGUGAGCAUCAGUCAACAGGAGGAAAAGGCACAGGAAGGUGAGGUGGGAAUAGUUGUGCUUCUGAGCAAAACUUACCCUUUUGUCACUUCUCCAACUUUCCUUGAGUUAGACUCAAUAAAAGAAGAAGGUGAACCAGGAAUAAGAAGAAGCUGUAUGCCACAUCUCGAGCUCCAGGAAUCAUCGCCUCCAGGGCAAACAGCACCUACAAAGCCCAUAGAGGGCCUUGUAAAGAAGGAGAAACAUCCUCUCCCACAGAAGGAACGCAGAGUGCAAACAGCAUCCAUGCAUGGUGUGAUACACCCCAAUGGGGCCAUCUUCAAGGCAAAGACAUCAGCACCUGCACAGGCGUUCAGCAUCACUGAGAACAGUCCUCCGAGCAAGAGAAAGGAGGUGCAGUGGGGCAUGAAAGAGAGAGCAGGCCAGAAGCAGGAAAGGACAGGACGUCCGCAUGUGAUUCUGACAAAAACUCAUCCGUUCAUGCCUUCUGCCUCUCACCAUGGAUUAUCUCCUUCACAACUGAACCUUCCUGUAUCAUCAGCUUCAGGAAAAAAUGUGUCUCUCCCACAGUCAUGGUUCAAGGAAUCAUCAGAUGCAGGGAGAAUAACAUGUCCAGAAACAAGCCAUGGACAACUUUCAAACGACGUAAAGCAAUUAAAAGUACACCUGCUACAGAAAGAAGAGAAGGAUAGAGGAGAAGCAGCAGAUACGACCAGAGUAGUGGAUCCCAACAAAAUGUAUUUGAAGGCCAAGAAAUCACCUAUCUUACAUACACACAGCUUAAGUGAUCUUCAGUGGAAAACUAGAGAACAAGAGGAGGAAAAGGUUCAGAAAGUUAAAAGUGGGCCAGGUGUCAUGUGGUCUGAGAGUCCUUCUAGAUCCUCCCCACUUCACUUUAACAUGAGUACUGAGUUUCAAGAGGAAAGCCUACUGAUAUUAACAGGAUCCUCUUUUCCCCUAGUAAAGCUCCAGGAAUCACCAGAUACUGAGGGAGGCAUAGACAUAAGGCCAAUUGCUGGUGAUGUUUUAAUCCGACUACAAAAAGGAAAACACGUGUCACAGAACAAGGAAGAGGAUGAAGUGCAAACAGUAAACAUCAUCAUAUUCCCCAAACAUCAGGAAGAGAAGACACAGGAAUGUGAAGGUGAACCAGGUGUGGUUCUGACCAAAUCUACUUCAUGGCCAACUCUAUCUCAACUGGAACUGGAUAGAGAAACACACUUAGAUCAUGAAACGCUCAGACUUAAAAGCUCUAUUCUGCACCGAAUAUCACACAUGGAGGAGAUUGUACAUAGAGAGUCAACUGUUGGUGAUAACUCGAAAUAUGUUAAAAAUGAAAAGCAACAUAUCCCUCAAAAAGGAGAAAGGAAAAUGAUAAUAGAUACAAGAGGCACAGAUAUAACUUUGAAGUCAAAGAAGUCACCUCGUUCCCGCAUGCUCCACAGAACAGAACUGCACGUGAACAUCAGAGGGCAAGAAGAAAAGGAAGAUGAAGGUCAAGAUAAACCACCAAGUAUGCUUCAAAGAAAGAAGUGUGCUUCCAAACUUUUACCACCCAACCUUAAACUGGAGGGAGCUGCGCAAGGAGUUGAAGAAAGGCUUGGAGGUGAGACACCCUGUUUACUUCCGCUAACGCCUUCAGCAUCACCAGAUACAGAGAAAACAGCAGCUGCGGAGGCGAGGAGUGCUGAUGUAAGACAAGGAAAAGCGUAUAGGUCACAGAAAGAAAACAGGCAUGAAGUGAAAAUGACAGAGAUGCGGGUCAGGAUACACUGCCAAGAGGCAAGGCGUUCACCAAUUUCACAUAUCCUUAAUGCAAAGGAAUUCGUGUUGAAUAUGAACACACUGGAGAAAAAAGUCCACAAAGAUAAAGACGAAGCAGGCGUGAUUCUGCCACGGACUUUGCUUUCUGUACCAUCGGCGCCUCCUCUUUAUGUGGAUUCAGGGAACAAAAUAGACAAAGACACACCAGGAAUCACAGGACCGUCUGGUCCACAGCGAAAUCUCCGGGUACCCUCAAAUACCCAGAAAAUAACAAAGAGAGACUCAGUCGAAGGCGAUGAUAAAAACAUUGUUAAGCAAGCAGGCCAGUACGUGCCUCACCCAGAGGCAGAGCCACAGUGGACCUCAAACUUCAAGAUCGGCGUCCAGCAAAGGAAGGAACCUUCACGAGUCAGGUCAGGAGGAUAUUUGAGUCAGUUAGUUUUAAAUUCACAGGAUGAGGACAUUUAUUUCACAGGGUUUGGUACCAGAAGAAGUGGGAAAAGGCUGGAAUGGCUCUUUACAAAGAAAAAGGCUCAGCCAGAAAAAUACAAAACAGAAACUUUUACUGCAUUUCUUUCCUAUCCCACAAUGGAUGCAACUAAAAUGGGUGGUCGGGAGGAAGAAACUGAAAUAAUGGACAACUUAAACCAUAAAAUCAGUCCUGAGGUUUCAGUUUCACUGCUAAGGAAAAUAUCUAAGGAACUACACGUCACUCUUGGCACCCUUGCAAGUUCAAAAGGAUUUUCUGUUUCAGAGAGAUAUGCUCACCAGCAAGAAACUUCAUUGAAAGUAUCUCCAGAACUUGCAGGUUCAUGCACAUUUGAUAAGCCAGGGAAAGAUGUACAAAGUAAUGAGAAAAUCAGCAAAAUACUUUCUCCCAAAGUGUUAGCACCACAGACAAAGGGAUCACUCAAAAAAAUAGGUAUCGUCACCAAUUGGAAUGCCCCACAAAAUAUAGAAGAACAAGAUAUUGGCAUGAAAAAGCAAGUGAUGCAACAGUCGGAACAUGGGCACAAGACCAGGCUGAACACGAUCCUUUCUCUUAAGUUUCCACUUCAAAGUGGAACGGAGAAGACACCAUCGGAAACAGAUGUGGACCAGAAAACAGCAGCGCAGCCCAGCCUGCAGAUACUACAGACACUACCAGGGACACAUGUAGAUGUGACAAAGAUUGACACUGCAAGAGGGGGAAAGGAGCAGGCAUUGCUCAUUUCAGAACAAGAGGCAUGUGUUCUGGAAUUGCUUCCCAAAUCCCUAUUUUCUCCCUGGACUUUUCCAUUUCAAUCAGGGGAUCUGAAAGAAAAAGAUCAAACAGACACAAACACCAAUAUAAAUCUAGAGCAGAAGCAAUUGGAAGUGGACCACGGUAGUGCUGUGAAUCAGAAAGAAGGGAAAUUAAAAAUAGGCACACACAGAGCUUUAUAUCUGGAAGAAGAUAAAACAGAGUUGCAUAAGGCCAGGACUGCCAAUCUGGAGACGGAGAAAGUAAGAAAGGACACAAGGCACAGUGCACACCUGCACCUUCCAUCUCUAAAGGCAGAAGAAUCUCAAAUGAAGACUCAGGUCACCACUCAUAGGGAGAAGAAGUGCCUAAUCAUGCAAAAACAGAAAAAUGAACUAGAGGCAUCUAACGCAAAAGAAAGCAUUCAACUACAAAAAUUGUUUCAAAGAAAUAUCCUGGAUUCUUUUUAUUCCUACGUUCCUCUUUCUUCCAAACAUAAAGACCAAAAAGGCAGAUUAACAAUAACAGAUCUGAGAAGAGAAUUGAGCACUAAAUAUUUAACUAUGAAAAUCCAGAAACACCCAAUUCCACAGUUGCUUAAUAUCACAGGGCAUGGUACACCAAGCAAUAGAAAGAAAUUAGAGUAUGAUGUUAAGUUAAAGAACAUGGUUUCAUGGAGUAAAGAUGUCUCCGGAAUAUUUAUCAGAAGUAUUUCUAUUUCUAUGAUGAGUUCACCUAACCCUGACUCUAAGACAAACCUAGAAAGAGGAAAGGGAAUCUGCCUUUCUAAAUUCCAGAAAAAAUCACCAAACACUAGUGAAAUUUUUAAGAGAGACAGUUUAACAAUUGUAAAAGGGAAACAGAAUUUUACAAACACAGUUCCACAAGAUCCCCAGCCCUUUGUAAUGGACAAACAACAAAUGCAGACACUUCCAAAUGUCAAAUCAGAAGCAAACUUCAGAAGUGAAAUGAAUAAAAAAUACUUAAAGGCGCAAACAAAAGAAUGGGUUGUUCUAGGGAAUGAUGUCUCAAGGGUCAUUAAAAAACCAGACUUGUAUAUCAUCAAGCAAGAAGAAAUGAUUCCCAAAUGCAUUCUGACACCCACAGAGUGUCCAUCUAUGCUUGAAGAUCCAAAGUUACCCAAGCAAAGGGAUCAGAAUGAACCAGUGUGGGACAUGACCACACAAAAGGUUUGGCAACAAAAUGCUUUCCCAGGAACUGUGCCCAUACCACCUCAAGUUAAAAGUAAUGAAGUCAAAAUCAUUGCAGACAGUACAAAUGCAGAACAUUUACUUCCUAUUUGUGAAGCAACAAAAGAUAUCUCUGAAUCCCAUGUUAAAAAUAUGACCCAAGACAAAGUUUCUUCUGAUAAACUGGAUAAUAUACAAGCCUAUAAGCCUGAUGACUUGAAGUUAGCACCUUAUCCAGAGGGUUCACAUACAACAUCAACAGCAAAAUAUCCCAAAAUGCAGCACAACCCCCUUUUAGAACAGUUUACUCCCAAAGAAAAAAAUAAGCUUACUAAUCAUUUAGAGUCAAAAGCAUUUGAAAUACAAUUGAAUCUGAUGCCAGAGAUGGCAAAAAAAUCUUUACGCAUGUUCAACUUUUAUCCAAAAGGGACUCUUUCAAACAGUAACAGUUGGAGGUUCUAUUCGAGACAUAAAACAAUGAGCUUUAUGUCUCUAGAAGGGAUUAAUACCAUAGAACCUAACUCAAAACACAAAUACCAAAAGAAUUCACCUCCUAUCAGCAAUGUGAAGACGCUGACUGUUGAUGUUUCAAAUGGCAGUGAGGAGACCACAAAGCCACAGAGUAUUAAUAAGCUAGAAAGUGGAACAUCUUCAGUGACUUCUGCUAGUGAGAUGCUAUUGCCUCAUACCCUCCAAAACUACUCAGCAAAAGAAAAAGCCAAACUCCUCAUGCACUUUUCUGUGAAAACAUUGGAGAUACAAAUGAAAGCCUUUCCCGGAAUUGUAAGAGAAUCUCAUGCAAUGACCAGUGCUCAGGAGAGAAAGAAACCUCAAUCUAACUGUGUUCAUUCUGGUAUCACAAGACCAGAACGACAAAACAGAAUUUUGUUACUUUUUGAGGAAAAAUCUCUCCAUCAAAUAGAUCUUGAUUUACAAUACAAAUACCUUCGUUUUCUCCUGGGGCUUCCUGUUGGAAGUACAUUCCCUAAGCCAAAUGUACUUCCCAAACAUAAUAAGUUAAACACAGUUGGAAUGUGUAAAAAAGUAGAUGCUAGUGGAGAAAGUGGGAGUCUUCCCAUUGAUACAGAACUGUUAGAGCAACAUAUUUCUUUCAAAAAGCAAAGUCCCCAUGAAAAUUCAUCACUUAUCAGAAUAUUCCCAGAGCCAACCCUCGUGUGUGAUUCUGACCGUGAUCUGCAUAGCCCAAGAAAGAAAGAUACUCAAGUUCUUUCACAUUCAGAAUUCCAUGUGACUCCAGAAAAAAACAAACAAUAUCAUGUAUGGUUUCAAGAAACAAAUACAUAUAAAUCUAUCGAUUUAAGGACUCAGAGCAAUGCUGUUGGUUCAGCUGAUUCACAUGAAACUCAGAUUUCAGAAGAUUUUAUUGAUAUUCAGACAAAUAUUGAGAGUCCAGCUGAGUUGGACAAAUGUCCAGGUCUUGAAGUAAGUGAGAGUGAGGAAUGUAUGUUUCUGGAAGCCAACCCUUAUUUAAAUCAGGAAUCACAAAAUAUUCUAUUUGAGUUACAGACAGGCAUGCCUUUGGAAAAUCCCUACAAAAUCACAAGUGAUUUGAAAUCAUUUUACAGUGAAGAUUCAGGUUCGCAUUGUACUAGAGGGUACAGAAAGCAAACCUUAUUUAUUACAUCACCUUCUUAUAAGUCCCGUGAAACCAGGAAAUAUAGAUCAUCUUCCAAAACGAAAUCUCCUGACUGGUUGUGUCAUCGUUCAUUAAAUGCUGUGGAAAUUCAGUCUAGGUCAUCUGGUCUAUCACUCAGUGAAGAGAAACUUUCAUGGACUACCAGGAGCAGAACAAGUUACUCUUUAGCUUCCUUAACGGAAUCAAAUAUUAAAUUGCAUCUUGCAAAAAACCAAGACAAGUCUCACAUGCACCCAGAAAGAAAAGAAAGAAAGAAGGCCAGAUUUGAUUUAUUUAGGAAGAACAAUAGUCACUGGGGCCACGAUUACAGUUGUACACACAGUAAGGAGAAAUGUGCCAGAAAGAAGAGAGUGCAUGAUUAUGAGUCAGAAAGAUUGGAUUGUUUCCAAAGCAAACAUAAAUCAACAUCAAAACCUCAUCGUGGCGAUAUCAACUUCGAUUCUGAAAGAAAACAAAACCGGCCCUUUUUUUUUGCCUGUGUACCAGCAGACUCACUGGAGGUUAUACCCAAAACCAUUCGCUGGACUAUUCCCCCUGAAACUUUAAGGAAAAGAAACUUCAGAAUUCCCCUAGUGGCAAAGAUUUCAAGUUCUUGGAAUAUAUGGAAUUCCUCCAAAAAGUUGUUGGGGUCGCUCUCGGGGUCCCUUACUACAGUUUAUCACAGCUGACAUUACCAUAGCUAAACUCCUCUGAAGUGGAAGUCUGUUGUGACAUUCUGUGAAAAAUAAAAUCAUAUAACAUCCAA